GUACAUUGCAUUAUUCCAUCUAUGCAACUCACCUCAACCUAAACCCUCCCGCCACUUUAUUCUCAAACAAAAGAAUACACCAUGAGCCCUUCUGUUGCUGAGGCUGUUUCCUCUGAGGCCCCUCCUCUAGCCCAAACUCCUCCCUUCAACGCCAACCAUGCCAAGCUCUUCUCUCUCGCCGGCAAGACGGUGGCCGUAACCGGUGGUGGCCGUGGUCUUGGAUUGCACAUGGCCAUUGCCGUCGUCGAAGCCGGCGGCAGCGUUGCUUGCAUGGAUAUCCUGGAGGAACCCGCUGCCGCUGAGUGGGAGCAGAUCCAAAAGGCGGCUGUUGUCAAUGGCUGCCACGUCUCGUACCACAGAUGCGACGUGACCUCGGAGCAGGCUGUCGAGGAGAUUAUGGAAGCUGUUGCUGCCGAAGCCGAGACUCGCGGUGCUCCUUUCUGGGGUACAAUUGCUGCGGCCGGCGUGCAGCAGCAGUGUCUGGCCAUGGACUACUCGUCGGCCGACUUUGACCGCAUCAUGCGCAUCAAUGUGACCGGCGUCUUCAACACUUGCAAGUAUGCAGGCCGUAUCUUGCACCGCAACAACAGACCCGGCAGCAUCGUCAUCAUUGCCAGCAUCUCGGGUCAUAUUGCCAACCGUGGACUUACUUGCACGGCAUACAACACUUCCAAGGCGGCUGUCCACCAAAUGUGCCGCUCCAUCGCGCAGGAAUGGGGCCAGUACGGCAUCCGUAUAAACACGAUUUCGCCAGGCUACAUCCGCACCGCCAUGACAGACCAGCUCAUUAGCAACGAGCCCGACGUGGAGAAGACGUGGAUGGCCAGUGCCCUCCUUAACCGCUUCGGCACCCCCGACGAUCUCAAGAGCCCUGCCGUCUUUCUACUGUCUGAAGGCGCUGCCUUUAUUCACGGAAGUGACAUUCGCGUUGACGGCGGUUCCACAGCAUCCAUCUAGCCUGGUGUUUCUGUUUUUUCUUGUUGGAGCGUUGAAAAAGAGUUGCCUUCGAAAUAGCGCAUAAUAAUCCUACUUAAUUCAAACUGCUAUUCAUUGUUUACCCUGUCGAUCACCAAGAAUCCAGAAGACAAGCUUUUGCUAGCGUGAUGUGCUAAUGCAACACCCAGCUCCACGCUGGACCCUGGAUGCAUGGGAGAUUCUUCUUUUCCGUAGCCUUCGGGCAGCUGUCGUAAAAACCAGUGGACCCAGAUUCGGUUGCUGAUGCUACUGUAUCGUCUCACUGUCUGUUGGGCCUUAUUUGCCUGUCUGGCGACUUGCUUGGACACCAGCUACAGCAGCGUGUGAAUCAAGCGCUUCCGGCUUCCACUUUUGGAUUCGUCUCCCCCGCGUUUCGGCUGCGUAAACAAGCUCCGGCCUCGGGCGCCGCCGGGGGAGCCCGCUGUAAAUGCAAAAUUGCCUUGGAAAUUCUCGCAAUUCAGCUGCGCAAACCGGUAACGACAAUUGUAUUGAUUCCGUCCCGAGGACCAGAUAUCCUUAAUCAUUGGCGGCUUCUGUGGUCGAACGUUCUCGCGCUGUCGGUUCUCGCGCCGUGUGCGCAUACAGCCGACUUUGGCCCUCCCCCAUUCGUGUUCAUUCCAUUAGCGCUUUGAAUCCUCCCCAUCUUUAUUCUUGUAGCGCUUCCGCUUGCUUUCCUCUGCCAAAACUCUCUUCCUUCCCUCUUCCUGCACCUCGCCCCCUCGUCCUAUUGCACAGCGAAUCGUCGCGACCGAUGUGCGCUUCCGCCUGCUGCAUUCCACCCGCCACCCACCACGCCUCUCCGC